AUGACAAUGGACGAGAUUCGACCGUACUCGGGAGGCACUUUUCAGAAAAUCGGCUCCGAAGAAUCGCACACCAUUGAGACGUACGAGCGGAAAAUUCACGGAACCGAUACUACAGAGCCCGAGCGCCAGGUCAGCUCCAAGCAGUACACCGAGCGGCGGACGUACGGACGCGAUGAGAAUGGCGAUAUUGUUGUGAAAAUUGAGAAAAAUCCCUCCGAGCCGGUCCGACCCGUCUCGCCGGUAUCUCCAGUUAUGCCCGUGGGGGAAUUGGCUAAUUCUGACCUACUGCGACCCGUCGAACCCCUGAGACCCCUUUCGAUCCCGCGAAUCGAGCUGAAGAAGAACACCCCAUCCCCGAGGAGCCCCAGGAGCCCGCGGAGCUACUAUUAUGGAGACGAGCUUACGGUGGAAGCCCCAGAGCGCCGCUCGAUCUCCCCAAGAUCGAUCAGAUCCGGCCCGAUCUCGCCGAGGAGCAAUGCUAGCAAUGGAAGUGUUGGAAGUAACGGAGUGCCGCUGAAGAAGAUCACCACCAAAAAGAGGCUAGUCUCGAUCUAUGAUGGUCGUCCAGUCAGCCCCUACGUCGAGACCGUCACCUUUGAACCGGCGUACCCGGAUCGGUAUAGCAGUAACUCUCGCCACUCUUCCCGUGCCCAAUCCCGUCAGUCCGGCUCAUCCAACGGCAGCUACGGUGGCCACCGUAUCCUGGGGAGAAGCGACAGCGAAUGCGCCUACCUGAUGCAAAAUCCGCUGUACCGGGAC